GCUCAUCAGCGUUCACUGUCCCCGGGAGCGCGUAGUUGGUGGGACCGGUUGGGUGGCAUUUGAUUGGUGGAUAGGAAGAGCGGUGUGUCGGUGAACAUUGACCGGAGGAAGAAGGGAUCAAAGCGUCGGUGGUGGGUUUUACUGAGCUUCAAAGGAUGGGCAACACCAACAGCGAGCGUGCGGCGCUAGAGCGCCAUGGGGGUCACAAAGCCUCCCGAAGAGACAGCACUGGCAGCGCUAUUCAUACCAAAGAGCACGACCGUCCCAAGAUUUUGAUGGACAGUCCAGAAGAUUCAGACAUCUUUCAUGCUGAGGAGAUCAAAGUACUGGGCCCGAUGGAGAAGGAUGAGUACCUUGCCUGGCAACACGACCUGGAAGUGACUGACAAAAUUUCCAAGCAGGCUCGCCCGACUGUGUUUCGAUGGAAAGGGGGUGGGAAGGAAGUUUUUAUCUCUGGAUCCUUCAAUGGUUGGACCAACAAAAUCCCACUGACCAGAAGUCAGAACAACUUUGUGGCAAUUCUGGAUCUCCCCGAGGGUGAGCAUCAGUACAAGUUCUAUGUGGAUGGUCAGUGGACUCACGAUACAUCAGAGCCCACCACCACCAGCCAGCUCGGCACGAUCAACAAUGUCAUUCAGGUGCGGCAGACGGACUUCGAAGUGUUUGAUGCAUUGAUGGUGGAUUCGCAGAAAUGUUCAGACAUGUCAGAUCUGUCAAGCUCUCCCCCUGGCCCGUAUCAUCAGGAUCCAUAUGUGUACAAGCCAGAGGAGAGAAUUAAAACGCCACCUAUUCUGCCGCCACACCUGCUCCAGGUCAUCCUGAACAAGGACACGGGCAUCUCAUGUGAUCCUGCCUUGCUUCCAGAGCCAAACCACGUCAUGUUGAACCACCUGUAUGCUCUGUCCAUCAAGGAUGGUGUCAUGGUAUUGAGCGCCACCCAUCGUUACAAGAAGAAGUACGUCACCACUCUUCUCUACAAGCCCAUAUGAUCUGUAAAAGCAGCUCCAUUCUCCCCCUCCAAUCAGGAAGCUCCAUUUUCGUCAGCUGUCGCUCGCCAUUCGUCACUCUCUGUCCUGGACUAGCUCAGGAGGAUCUUGAUGUGACUGAAUGGGGCAGUAAUUGCGGGAGUCCGGACGAUCCUGUCUGUCUGCACAUCUACUUCCUGCUGCAGAAGGGGAAAUCUGGAAUCGGGUGCCGGAUAAAGUGCCUCUGAUUGUCCUUCCGACUGCCACAAAGGUUCCCAAAGCUAAUGGCUGGCUGCACAGUCAUUCCUUGCUGUGGCACCUCCAUUUCCAUUCCAUUAAUGUUAGAGUUUCUUCCCACUCUGUUCAGAGGGGAGUACUCUGUGCUCAUUUGUAACACAGGCUGGAAUCGCUGUGAGUUAAGCAAUCAUGGUGCUACAACAGGGUAUACUCUCCAACUUCUCAAUGGGACAGUAUCAUUUUCCCAUUACUUUCACCAAGGGAUCACUAUCGGGAAAGCUGAUAAAUAAAUGGAGCUCUGAUUAGAUUGGGGAAACCUGCACAAAUGUAAGUAAGGGAUCAAAAAAGCUCGAAAUUCAAUGUAAUUGAAAACUGGCUGGAAUUUCAGCCUGCUUUGUAUCUGCGCUUCACCAUAACUAUUUACUGACAGCUGUAGUCCACAGUGAUCACUCUGCAGUCUGUAUGGGCAGGGGCUGGCGUUCCCUGAUCUCCAUUCUGCCCCUGGUGUUGCUGGCAAAGUGGGGAAGCGGUGACACGCUGCAGUAAUGUCAGUUUCUCACUCUUCAUUAAAGCUGCUGCAACUCUUCCAGCUGCCGGAGGUUGCAAUGCAGCCCUAUAAUCUUCUCUGGUUUAGUUUGUGUCCAUUGCAUAUUUUAGUUUUUUUCCCACUCCUGCUGUGAGAUCUCGCCCAAGGGAUCAUUCAUCCUGUUUGACCCCAAAUAUCUGGUUGUCCCUCCCUGUUCGUAAACCCUAUUAAUUCCAGCAGGCCUGUCCCUGCCUCCUCAUAACCACACAGAUUCCAGCAGGCCUGUCCCUGUCUCCUAGUAAACCCCACUGAAUCCAGCAGGCCUGUCCCUGCCUCCUCAUAACCACACAGAUUCCAGCAGGCCUGUCCCUGUCUCCUAGUAAACCCCACUGAAUCCAGCAGGCCUGUCCCUGCCUCCUCAUAACCCCACUGAUUCCAGCAGGCCUGUUCCUGCCUCCUAGUAAACCCCACUGAAUCCAGCAGGCCUGACCCGGCCUCCUAGUAAACCCCACUGAUUCCAGCAGGCCUGUCCCUGCCUCCUCAUAACCACACUGAUUCCAGCAGGCCUGUCCCUGCCUCCUAGUAAACCCCACUAAAUCCAGCAGGCCUGUCCCUGCCUCCUCAUAACCACACUGAUUCCAGCAGGCCUGUUCCUGCCUCCUAGUAAACCCCACUGAUUCCAGCAGGCCUGUCCCUGCCUCCCAGUAAACCCCACUGAUUCCAGCAGGCCUGUCCCUGCCUCCAUAACCCCACUGAUUCCAGCAGGCCUGUCCCUGCCUCCCAGUAAACCCCACUGAUUUCAGCAGGCCUGUCCCUGCCUCCUCAUAACCACACUGAUUCCAGCAGGCCUGUUCCUGCCUCCUAGUAAACCCCACUGAUUCCAGCAGGCCUGUCCCUGCCUCCUAGUAAACCCCACUGAUUCCAGCAGGCCUGUUCCUGCCUCCCAGUAAACCCCACUGAUUCCAGCAGGCCUGUCCCUCCCUCCUAGUAAACCCCAUUGAUUCCAGCAGGCCAAUCCCGGCCUCCUAGUAAACCCCACUGAUUCCAGCAGGCCUGUUCCUGCCUCCUAGUAAACCCCACUGAUUCCAGCAGGCCUGUCCCUGCCUCCUAGUAAACCCCACUGAUUCCAGCAGGCCUGUUCCUGCCUCCCAGUAAACCCCACUGAUUCCAGCAGGCCUGUCCCUCCCUCCUAGUAAACCCCAUUGAUUCCAGCAGGCCAAUCCCGGCCUAGUAAACCCCACUGAUUCCAGCAAGCCUGUUCCUGCCUCCAUAACCCCACUGAUUCCAGCAGGCCUGUUCCUGCCUCCCAGUAAACCCCACUGAUUCCAGCAGGCCUGUUCCUGCCUCCCAGUAAACCCCACUGAUUCCAGCAGGCCUGUUCCUGCCUCCAUAACCCCACUGAUUCCAGCAGGCCUGUUCCUGCCUCCCAGUAAACCCCACUGAUUCCAGCAGGCCUGUCCCUGCCUCCUAGUAAACCCCACUGAUUCCAGCAGGCCUGACCCGGCCUCCUAGUAAACCCCACUGAUUCCAGCAGGCCUGUCCCUGCCUCCUAGUAAACCCCACUGAUUCCAGCAGGCCUGUCCCUGCCUCCUAGUAAACCCCACUGAUUCCAGCAGGCCUGUCCCUGCCUCCCAGUAAACCCCACUGAUUCCAGCAGGCCUGUCCCUGCCUCCUAGUAAACCCCACUGAUUCCAGCAGGCCUGUCCCUCCCUCCUAGUAAACCCCACUGAUUCCAGCAGGCCAAUCCCGGCCUCCUAGUAAACCCCACUGAUUCCAGCAGGCCUAACCCGGCCUCCUAGUAAACCCCACUGAUUCCAGCAGGCCUGUCCCUGCCUCCUAGUAAACCCCACUGAUUCCAGCAGGCCUGUUCCUGCCUCCUAGUAAACCCCACUGAUUCCAGCAGGCCUGUCCCUGCCUCCUCGUAAACCCCACUAAUUCCAGCAGGCCUGUCCCUGCCUCCCAGUAAACCCCACUGAUUCCAGCAGGCCUGUCCCUGCCUCCUAGUAAACCCCACUGAUUCCAGCAGGCCUCUCCCUGCCUCCUAGUAAACCCCACUGAUUCCAGCAGGCCUGACCCUGCCUCCUAGUAAACCCCACUGAUUCCAGCAGGCCUGUCCCUGCCUCCUAGUAAACCCCAUUGAUUCCAGCAGGCCAAUCCCGGCCUCCUAGUAAACCCCACUGAUUCCAGCAGGCCUGUCCCUGCCUCCAUAACCCCACUGAUUCCAGUAGGACACCCGUCUUCGUUUGCAUGGGUCCUCUGUGAUUCUAAAAGAACACAAAUAACUUUCUAAUUAAGUUUUCAUAUCUUUGGGGCUCUCCAACCAGUCAUCCAACUAUUGAAGUGCUUUUGAAGUGUAGAGACUGUAGUGUUGUGUGAAUCACAGGAGCUGGUUUCUGCAGCCAUAUCAUCUGUUGUCAUGAUGUUGACUUAAAGUUGGGUGUGCUGGUUGAAAAGAAAGUUUUUAACAUUCUCCCCAGCAAACAGACCGGGUCAAAGGUUUUAAAGUCUAUUCCAGAAGCAGUGCAGCACCCCAUUAGCCCUGGCCUAUCAAUGCCAGAACAAAUGCUGCUGGUUGUCUCUUCUCCUCCCUGAUGGGAUGUAGAAAGGAAGCAAUGGCCCUGGAUCAGCCCCUCCCCAGCUGUUCCAGCAGCAUUCAGGGAGCCAGAACCAUCAUGGCCAGCCUGGGAUCUCGCUCUCGUCCCGAUGUAGACCAGGACAAGCCAGGGGCUGCCCAGGUCUUUUGUUUCAUUGCUGUAUUGAAUGAGAUGUAAUUGGGAGAGGUCCAAUUGAACUCCCUCCAGCAUGUGGCUUUUGUGCUGGUUUUAUCCUGUCCUUUGGCAAAUUUGUGUGUUUGAGCCCAUUGUACAUCCUAGGCUCUCAAUGACAGCGACUAUACACAGGCUGAAAGAUGUGAUGAAGAACCAGGCCUGCUCAUUUGGGCGCCCUGUGCAUCCUGUUUUACUAACGGAAGAAUUUGGAGAGAUCCGGGGAAAUUGAUUUCCUUGUGACAGCCAUGCUUUUAGCAAUUUUUUUUAUGACUGCCAGAUUUUUCUCUCACAUAUCUCUGAAAUAUCAUGUACAUUGGAUUUAGUGUAGUUUGCCCGCUCAUUGAUUGAACAGUUAUGAAUGGUGCAUGAGAUUAUUUCUGUAUUUGUUGCACUUAAUGGUAACCGUGAACCUUUUAUUGGGAGCAAGUCACCAUGGAGUUCUUUGUUUGCGUGUGUCACCUGACACUCAAUAAAUAUUCUGAUGACACCUUUCAGCUCAA